UCGAAGCCCCGCCCACGCUCCCGGGACCGGAAGUACCUGUGAGUGGCUGCUGACGUUGCCGCUGUCCGACGCGACGAUGGCGUCCACGGAUCAGUCGCUGCUGGACUUGACGGAGAAGGAAACCCGGGAGAAGCUGUCGUUGUGGGACCGCCGCGGCGACGCCACGGCCCCUCUCACGGAGAAACAGAUGGACUCCGUGCUGGAGAUCCGAGCCGCGGCCGAGACGCUCCCGGUCCCCUCCGAGCUUCCCAUUGAGGACCUGUGCAGCCUGUCGUCCCGGUCCUUACAGUCCCCGUUCACAGCCACUGUCCCCGCCUCGACGGAGGACGUCCUGCUCAAAGGUUUCCAGAUGCUGGACAUGGAGAGUGACAGGAUAGAAACUGCACAGCAGUUUUUCGCCUGGUUUGCCAAGUUACAGACAAACAUGGACCAGGAUGACAGCGCUCAAUACAG